UUGUCUAUUGUCAAAGCAACUGAGUGCAUUUAUUCUGAGAAGUUCUCUACCUUUGGUUUUCAAGUUGAUGUCCAUGACCUGCAAAAAGUGAAGGAAAAUGUACCAAAUGCCACAAAUCAUAGUAGAGUUAAAGGCAUUCCAGAGAAUGAUGCAGUGCCACAUGAAACCGGAUAUUACAACACCAAUAUAUGCUUGAUGAUUAAGGACACCCACCAGAUAUGAAGCAACUAUGAUGAAAGGAUAAACACUUAACAACUGGAGCUCUCUUUGUUCAUUAUGACACCAAUGUAUAAGUUGAAGCAAGUUAUAGUGCAGGUGACUAAUAAGCCUUGUGAUAAACGAUGGACAAGACCACCCCUUUCCUUUCUCUUGCCCUCUCACAAGGAGUGGGUACCAAUUAUGAGGAAAGCAUUUAAAAAGUAUUUAGAAUGGAGAAAUUAUUUUACUUUUUGUCAGCCAAAUUAUUUUCUCUGGUAAACAAUUGUAAGGUACCGCUGGCGACAUUUGGUCCCGAAUCAGUGGUAAUGACUUUGGUGGCUUUGCAAAUGUAGAAGUGGACAGUUAGUUCUUCUAUCAUAGUAUGACAAUAUAAACAUGUUAAGGAGUUCCAGGCAGAAGACAUUUGUCUCUGUGUAAGAACUGGUGGAAGUGGAUGUGGGAUUUACUCAUGUAAUGUAGUCAGCGAGGACUUGAGUCGUGAUAGUAACUGAAAAUUGUAGGCAAGAUCCAUUCCUUAAUUCCUCACCUGAACACUGGUCAAAUUUUCUUCAGCCUAUCGAUGACCCUUUUCAUUGAAAAUUGUUCAGUCAAGGAACUAGUGAAAGGCCAGGAUAGAGUGGAGUGGAUGUGGAGAUCCCGACUACGGGUUUGUACGUUCCCCCCGUGACCGCAUGGGUUUUCUCCGAGAUCUUCGAUUUCCUCCCACCCUCCAAAGACAUACAGUGCUGGGAAAGAUCCCUGACCCACAAAACACGACUAUUAAUCUGGUCGAGUGGAAGCGUGUCCUCAGAUGGAAUCCAGUCUUUUUCCAAGAUUUUGCAUUGACAUACUCUGUUCAAAGAUCUUUCGAAAGGAGAGACAACCGGACAUGGAUUGAUGAACAGACCUGUAAGCACAUCACGGAGACAGAAUGCUUAUUGUUGGACAGUCUCGCUUUCCAUGCUCCAUAUGACCUAAGAGUGAGAGCAGAAUAUGGAAAUGAAACUUCAAAUUGGGUUAAAGCAGUGUCUAGACCGGAAAACGUGACCGUCGAUUCUUACAAUAUGAAGCAUGUUGUGAAAUGGGAUCCAGAUGUUCUUCAACUUGGUCCGGUGACCUACUCUGUUCAAUUUCAAGGAAGCUUUGAAAGAAAGAAUCAAGAGAACUGGACAGAUGCAUUGAACUGCACCCGUACUGAUGCGACGGAAUGUGACUUGUUGGACAGCCUUACGUUCUACGCAAAGUAUUAUCUGAGAGUGAGAAUGGAGUAUGAAGGUGGAACGUCAGAAUGGGUUGAAAUAAACCCUUUUUGUCCAUACAAAGACACGGUGAUUGGUCCUCCAUCGGUGGAAGUGCUGUCAGAAGCAGGAUUGCUUCAUAUCCACAUUUCAGACCCAGUCCAUGAGAAUGGAAUAUCCCUUAAAUACUACUAUCAGGAUAUUGUUUAUGAAGUAUAUUACUGGGAAAUGAAUGACAAUGGAAAUAUGAAAGUGCGUAAUGUAACUGUCCCUUCAUCCACUGUGCUGCUGGAUCUCAAACCGUGGACCACAUACUGCCUGAAAAUUCGGGCCUCUCUAUUGGACCAUAUAAAGCAAGGGCUGACCAGCCCAAUGUAUUGUUCUGCUGUCACUGCUGAUGCUAAAAGAAGAGCGAUAGAAGUUGUCCAGGUCCUUUUCAUAGCAUUGUUUGCAGUUUUGGUGAUAACGAUGGGAUGUUUUUUCUUCGUGAGCUAUGUGCGCAAAGUAGUCAAGCACCUAACGUAUCCAUCCUACAGUCUCCCGAAUCAUAUAAAAGAGUACUUGACUGAACCAUCCCAACAGCCUGCAUUUCCAGUGGUACAUAAAAAUGAUCUUCAGGAGGAUCACUGGGACAAGCUUUCCAUUGUGUCACAAACAGAAAUUACAUCAGUGCUACUAAAUUCAACUAAAGCGAAUAAAACAAAGGUGGACCAAAACCCCACUGAGUCUGUCGUGGAGAUUCCUAAUGAAGAUGAUGAUCUGCAAAGCAGUCAAUCAAGUGAUUCUGGACAUUAUUCAAAUGGUACACAGGAUUCUUCCCAUGGAAAUCCACAAAGCAUAGAUGACACAUCUAAAUCGUAGGAUUGAAAAAUGUUUGGCGGAAUAUCAUGAACAUUCCCUUUGCUUCCUGAAGUUGACUUUGUGAUGCACUAGGUGUACACACAUGCAUUAAAGGAAUUAGAACUGAGUACUGUUGGAUUCUACAAUAUUUUCAUUGCAUAGCAAAGUGCAUUUAUGAAUUGACAUAAGUACCAUCAGACAGCUAACAUUUUGAAUAGUUGGAUGUGCACAGCCAAGUCCCUGAUGAAUUUUCUGUAUGAAAGUAUUUGCCUUCAAGAUGGUUAUUUUGUCGCAGAGAAAGACUUGACAGAAUCUAAUUUAGUUCUCUUCAAACAGGAAAUAUUGGACAAACAAUAGCUCUGUUAAUGUGACAAUUCAACUUGUUCAACUUUAAUGUAAAUUCAACUUGAAUGUAAAUUGGUUUGCUCAAUGGUACUGUGCACUUUAAAAUUCCUUUGUGUGCGGUUUUGUACAGUGCAAUUCAAUAUAACAAGAAGAAAGUGACUCCACUUUUGACAAGCAACGUCUUGUAUUUGACUUUAAGGAGACUGUGCCCAUGCACAAGGGUUCAUUUGGUCUUCUGUAUAUAUCCUGUGAUUAUAUGAUUGUGGAGAAGUAUAUUCAACAACAUUGAUACUGUUGGUGUUAGUUCCUGAUCAUAAUGGUUAAAUGGUGGUUUUCGAACGACCCGGACUGAAAUGGCAAAUGUUCUUCAUAGUUGUGUCAUAGAGACAAUAAUCAGUAUGAUCAUUAAUAAUUGUCUUGGCCAUCAGGAAGAGAAUAUUUUGUUGUAUACUUGGCCUUGUUGGGUAAGUUCUGUUGUGAUCUACAGAAUUUUUAUUACUACAACUUUGUGAAGCAGCAGUAAUUCAGUCGUAACAAAGCCAACCCCCAACUUUCCACGUUUCCAUGUAAGAAAAGAGCUGCAAGUGGUUUUGCCACUUGGUGGAAUCUGAUAUAAUGGGAUUGCGCAGGUUCCCCGUACAUAUAAACAAGCCAGGUAACGAUUUGUCAUCACCCAAAUUACCUGGAUUAAUGAUUUACAGAGGUAUCUGUUAACAGGAAAUAGACUUGUAUCUUUUAUUAAUUUGUAAAAUGACACAACGAUUAAAGUAAUGAAUGACCUUUGGCAGAUCGUUACCUGGCUUGUUUAUGAUAUGUACGGGGAACCUGCGCAGUCCCAUAAUAUCAGAUUCCACCAAGUGGCAAAACCACUUAUUAUGCUGUUAACUUGUCAAUGUUCCAGAUGGUUUAUUGAUUAUAUGAUGCAUAGAUUAAUUUUGUGUUGAUACUUGCAAACAUCUUUAGUUUUACUAUUUCUGUUUUGUGUGAGCUGUGCAAAAUACAGUCUUGUUUUUAUGAAUGUGAAAUUAGCUUUGAAAUUGAAAAUAAAAUGCUUUUCUAUA